AUGCAUACAAUAAGCAGCAAAAUGAGCAGCUUAUUAGCACCACUUUCCCUGAUCAUCAUUUCCACCCUCCUAAUCACCACAAGAGCUGCCAACUUCAAUAUCCGGAACAACUGUCAUUACGUCGUAUGGGAUGCUGCCUAUCCUGGUGGCGGUCUUCAACUCAACCCUAAUCAACAAUGGUCAUUGGAUGUUGCUCCUGGCACCCAAUAUGCUCGUAUUUGGGGUCGAACAAAUUGCAACUCUGAUGCUUCUGUUUGUGGAACUGGAGAUUGUGGUAGGUCUUACUGCACAGGGUAUGGCAGGUCACCAAAUACAGUAGCCGAAUUUGCAUUAAACCAAUAUCAGAACUACGAUUACUUCGGCAUUUCACUAAUUGAUGGUUUCAAUAUUCCUAUGGAAUUUGGUCCUACCGUAGAAGGUGGAUAUGGAUGCAAACGGAGUCGUUGUACAGCUGAUAUCAUCGGACAAUGUCCCAAUCCCUUGAGGUUCCCUGGCGGGUGUAAUAACCCGUGCACCGUUUUUAGGACAAACGAAUAUUGUUGCUAUCAGGCGUCGGAACCAUGUAAUCCGACAGAUUAUUCGAGGUUUUUUAAAAACAGGUGUCCUACUUCUCUCAGUUAUAAAGGUGAUCAAACUGGUAACCGAAGUUGUCCGAGUGGUACUAACUACAAGGUUGUGUUCUGUCCAUGAGGAUCUUCUUUCUAUAAUGUGCUUGCCACACAAUUGUAUCUGCAUUAUUGCAUACAGAUACAGUAUUACAGCACUUUCGUUGUGCUCGUUUCUUCUGAAUAAACUUUGAUCUGGCUGAUGUUAUAUAUAUAUAUCAAUAAAAUGCCUAGUAUAUUGACAAUA